AUGACCUUAAAAUUCAGAAGUGUCGGCUUGCCCCAUGGUUGGAAAAAUACCCUUCCAGUCCUGGAAUUCAGGGGCCAGAAAUUUGUCAACCAGACAUGGGUCAAUGAGUUCAUCCUAUUGGGGUUUUCUGGUGACUGGGGCUUUCAGAUCUUCCUCUUUAUCCUGAUCUUUGCCAUGUACCUCAUAACUGUUGUGGGGAAUUCUCUUAUUCUUCUUCUCAUCAGGCUGGACAGCAGGCUUCAUACACCCAUGUACUUCUUCCUUAGUGUUCUAUCCAUAGUGGACCUUUGCUAUGGAAAUAGUAUUGCUCCACAAAUGUUGGCCCACUUGGUUUCAGCCCAAAAGCUCAUCCCUUUCCACAGCUGUGUGCUCCAGCUCUAUGUUUCCUUGGCAUUGGGUGGGUCUGAGUUCUUCCUUCUGGGAGCUAUGUCCUAUGACCGCUAUGUGGCAGUAUGCCACCCAUUGCAUUACACUGUCAUCAUGGAUGGAGGACUGUGCCUGGGGUUGGCUGUCAGUUGCCUGGUGGCUGGUUUCUUGAAUUCACUGAUGGAGACAGUCAUCACCUUCCGUCUUCCUUUGUGUCACAAUGUCAUUAAUCACUUCGCCUGUGAGACCCUUGCAGUGCUUCGGCUAGCCUGUGUAGAUAUUUCUUUCAACAAGGUCAUGGUGGCCAUCUCGGGUUUUCUGGUAAUCAUGCUUCCCUGCGGCCUGGUUCUAUUCUCUUAUACUCGUAUAGUCCUUGCCAUUCUGCGCAUUCGCUCUACUCAGGGACGUCAUAAAGCCUUUGGGACUUGUGCCUCUCACCUCACUGUGGUUUGCAUGUGCUUUGGGGCCACAAUCUUCACCUACCUAGGGCCACGUUCUGCCUCCUCUGAGGACAAGGAGAAGAUGGUGGCUCUGUUCUAUGCGGUGGUGGCACCCAUGUUGAACCCUGUGAUCUACAGCUUGAGGAAUAAAGAAGUCAUGGCUGCCCUUAGGAAACUUGUAGAGAAAUUAAGGUAA